UCAAAGUCUCCAUCUAACAUACAGAAACUUGAUAAGCAUGAGCAUAAAGUCACUGUUAAGUUAAAAAGAUAAAACUUUUAUAUUUUACAUCUUUCUUUGUGAUUUCAGAGGGCAUAGGAAAGACUGAGGCAAGAUGUCACAUGAGGAGGACUCCUGUCAUGAAAAUGAUUUGCCAUUAAUGGCCAAUGUAAGAGACAUUCUUGUUUACCAUUACAUUCUGGAUCUCAGAUGUCACGUAGAAGACAAGAUGAUCAGUGGAUCUGUUGUGGUUUGCUGUAAACCAACUGCAAGUUAUGAAACACAAAGUGAUGAUAUCCAUACUAAUAGCAAAAAUACACCCGAUUGUUAUGAAACAAGUAAAUAUUUACCAACAAAUAGCCUUUUACCAAAUGCAUCUAGCUUAAUGCCCUCACCUACAGACUCAGAGGUUGUAUCUCAGUUCUCUGUGAAAUCUCAUGAUGAGGAUAAUUUUGGUUCUAAAGAAGUUAAUUCGGUUCAGAUGUCUGCCGUAACACAAUCUUUAGUUUCAGACUCGAAUAAAAAACUGUUGCUGUCUCCAAGUGACCGUAUCACUACAGACCACUCGGAUUUUCCCACACUGUGAGAUUUCCAAUGGGUUUCAAAAUUCAG